AUGUCUGCCGCCAAACGCCAAAAGUUUCUCGACGAGGAGGAGAUUGAAGAUGAAUCCGCGCCAACACUCACCAUCAACGCCGACUAUGCGCAGCGAUUCGAGUACAACAAAAAGCGGCAGGAACUGUCGCGGCUGGAGGAAAAGGCGAAGCUGCAGCAGUUGAAAGACGACGACGACAGCAGCAGCGAUGACGAGGAUGAAGAUGAUGUUGCGGAAUUGGCCACAGCGGAGCUUGACGAUGAGAUUCUGGCGACACUGCAGGCCAUCAAGAACAAGGAUCCGCGAAGAUUGGAUCCCACCGUCACGUUUUACCGCGAUUUCGAGAAUGAGGAGGGUAGCAAGGGCGACGACAAGGCCAAGAGCGAGAAGCCAAUGUAUCUACAAGACUACCACCGCGAAAAUUACAUGAAAGGCAUGAAUGGGGAGGAAGUCGAGGAAGAUGAGGAGGUCGUCCCCACAUAUCAACAGGAACAGGAUCAGCUCAAGCGGGAACUUGUGGGCUCCAUGCAUGCUGCUGGAAAGUCGGACGAGAAUGAUGAUGAAGGCGACUUUYUCGUCGCCAAAUCCCGCUCUCGGCAUGAGGACCUCCCACCACUCAAGAAGAGCAAGAGCAAAAAGGCGGUCAAAAUCACCGACGCCGAUAUUCAAGCUGCUGACAAAGAUCCCGAAACCUUCCUCUCAAACUUCAUGGCUGCUCGUGCAUGGCUACCUUCAGAUCCCUCGGCUUCACGCUUUGCUCCGCUGGAAUCAGAUGACAGUGAGGAUGACGCGCGCGCGGAUGAGUUUGAGGAGGCGUAUAAUUUGAGAUUUGAAGAUCCGGCCAAGGCGAAUGAGAAGUUGGCGAGCUUUGCACGUGAUGUGGGAAAAUAUGGCGUGCGAAGGGAUGAAAAGACUGGGAGAGCCAAGGCGAGAGAUCGCGAAAAGGAGAGAAAGGAGGCGUUGAAGAAGGAGUUGGAGGAGGACAGGGCGCGAUUGAGGAAGUUGAAGAUUGAGGAGGCGGAAGAAAAAGUCAAGAAGAUUAAAGAGGCGGCCGGUCUACGCGGAAAGGAUGUCGAUUUGGAUGCGUGGAGGGGUGUUAUCGAGGGCGAUUUCGAUGAUGAGAAAUGGGAGGAGGAGAUGAAGAGGAGAUUUGGGGAGGACUAUUACGCUGCAGGGUCUGAAGAUGGAAGUGAUGAGGAGAGUGCCGCGAAGAGUAAAGCGAAGAAACCAAAGUGGGAUGAUGAUAUUGACAUUGCCGAUCUCGUGCCAGACUUUGAUGAUGGGGAGAAGCCCGCGGUUUCGCUCUCUGAUGUGGAUUCGGAGGAUGACGAAGCAGAUGGAGGUGUACCCGUGGGUGGGGAUGAUUCUGGAGACGAAAAGAAGAAGAAGCCCAAAUCGGAAAAGGAUCGCGCGCGGGAAAAGUCCGAAGCCAAGCGCGCCUCCCGGAAAGAACGCAUGCAGAUUGAGUCUAUUGUGGAUUCGACUUUGCCGCUCUCCACAGCACCUACAGCUGGCUUCCGUUAUCGAGAGACUUCACCAACAAGCUUCGGCCUGUCAGCAAGAGAUAUUCUAUUUGCUGAUGAUGCAGCGUUGAAUGAGUUCGCCGGGUUGAAAAAGAUGGCAGCGUUUAGAGAUGAUGAGAAGAAGAAACGUGAUAAGAAGAAGUUUGGCAAGAAGGCGAGACUGAAGGCUUGGAGGAGGGAACAGUUUGGAGAUGCCGAAGAGCCUACAGGUGGGUUUGAAAAGAUUGUCACCAAAGAUGGCGAGCCGGUUCAAGUGGAUAGAAGGAAGUGGGGAAAGAAGAGAAAGGCUGAUGAUGAAGUGGAAGUGGAGGAGAAAGAGAAAGGAGAGGGUGAUGCGGGUGAAGUGGAGGGGAAGAGGAAGAAGAAGCGGAGUAAGAAGAACAAGGCGUGA